CGGGCCACGUCCGCCGGCCGCGGGGGCACCGGCGCCCGGAGCUGCGCCGCCCGCCGCCAUGCGGUUCCGGUUCGGGGUGGUGGUGCCGCCCGCGGUGGCCGGGGCCGCGCCGGAGCUGCUGGUCGUGGGGUCGCGGCCCGAGCUGGGGCGCUGGGAGCCGCGCGGGGCCGUGCGCCUGAGGCCGGCGGGCACCGCGGCGGGCGCGGGGGCGCUGGCGCUGCAGGAGCCGGGCCUGUGGCUCGGGGAGGUGGAGCUGGCGCCCGAGGAGGCGCUGCAGGACGGGGCGGAGCCGGGCCGCGUGGACCCGUUCUGGUACAAGUUCCUGAAGCGGGAGCCGGGCGGAGAGCUCUCCUGGGAAGGCAAUGGACCUCACCAUGACCGUUGCUAUGCUUAUAAUGAAAACAACUUGGUGGAUGGUGUUUAUUGUCUCCCAAUAGGACACUGGAUUGAGUCAACUGGGCACACCAAUGAGAUGAAGCAUACCACGGACUUCUAUUUUAAUAUUGCAGGCCACCAAGCCAUGCAUUACUCAAGAAUUCUACCAAAUAUCUGGCUGGGUAGCUGCCCUCGUCAAGUGGAACAUAUAACCAUCAAACUGAAGCAUGAAUUGGGGAUUACAGCUGUAAUGAAUUUCCAGACUGAAUGGGAUAUUGUACAGAAUUCCUCGGGCUGUAACCGCUACCCAGAACCCAUGACACCAGACACCAUGAUUAAGCUCUAUAGGGAAGAAGGCUUGGUCUACAUCUGGAUGCCGACACCAGAUAUGAGCACCGAAGGCCGAGUGCAGAUGCUGCCCCAGGCGGUCUGUCUCCUGCACGCGCUGCUCGAGAAUGGACACACCGUAUACGUUCACUGCAACGCCGGGGUCGGCAGGUCCACGGCGGCCGUCUGCGGCUGGCUCCAGUACGUGAUGGGCUGGAAUCUGAGGAAGGUGCAGUACUUCCUCAUGGCCAGAAGGCCAGCUGUGUACAUUGAUGAAGACGCACUGGCCCGGGCAGAAGAAGACUUUUUUCAGAAAUUUGGGAAGGUUCGUUCUUCCAUAUGUGGUGUGUAGGUGGCCCAUCUGCCUCCCCAACCUCCCAAUUUCCUUAGGAACCCAGUUUCCUUAGGUGAUGUUAGUAGAGUGACCUAGAAACAAAGAUUCCACCAGAACUGAAAAGACCGGUCACUUGGCUUUGCCCGCAGCCUGCCCCCUUUCGUCUGGGGCUUUCUGUUAAUGCUUUGGCUGGGCUGUAUUUUCUUUGAAGUAUUUUUGCAGAGGAAGCUGUGACUGACUGACACGUGAGAAAAAGCCACAAGCAAAUUGGACUGUGCAGUGUUCUAGCAUCAGACGGAAAAGGAAAGUGUGCAUUUGUUGUAUGGCGGCUUAACGAGCGCACCUUCUCAUGGCAUUGUAAUGUGACCUGCGGAACAAAAGUUGGGGGAUCCGUAGAUGUGACCACUUGUGUGUUGAUGCAUGCAUGCACACGUGCACAGCUUUUCUGCUCAAUUGAACUGAAGUGAUACAAUGAGAGCUGGCCAGUUGCCAAAGAAGGGAAUAUGGGUAGAAGCGUGGACCAUGACAGAGGAGGAGCUCCCAUGACUGAGAAGUGAUGGCUUUCUAGACUUGGUGUUGGCAUCCUGCUUCCCCAGUGUUCCAGUCGGUUCCAGGGCAUGACCUUCUGUACCCACAACCCUGUGUGACAACCACAGUGGAGUUAUUGUCUCUCCCUUUGGUUUAAUUGAGGCUCAACGAGCGUAGACAGCUUGCCCAAGGUCUCACGGCUAGUCAGGGACCAGCUGGUGUUUAAAACCCACACUUAUGUGACUCAGUGCUUUCAACACAACUUGUUGAUUUUCCAGCACAGUGUAGUGGAUUCUGUUUCUCUCUCUCAGAGUAAGGUCAAUUUUUUUGCAAUAGUUUCUACAGUGAGAAAUGGAACAGCCUUCUGAUUAGUUGCCAAGGAAUUUAGGAAAGUAGCUCUAUUUUGUGCAACCUAAUUUAAAACAUGGUGGGCUGUCUCAACACCCAAGAGGCCUGAGCCACAGCUCACCAUACCAGAAGAGCCCCAAUCCGUAGAUAAUUGUUGCACAGCUUAGGAGUGGUCCUGUUUCAGCCCUCAGUUUUUUUUUUUUUUAAAGAUUUUAUUUAUUUGACAGAGAGAGACACAGCGAGAGAGGGAACACAAGCAGGGGGAGUGGGAGAGGGAGAAGCAGGCUUCCCGCUGAGUAGGGAGCCCGAUGCGGGGCUCGAUCCCAGGACCCUGGGAUCAUGACCUGAGCUGAAGGCAGACGCUUAACGACUGAGCCACCCAGGCACCCCUCAGCCCUCAGUUUAAAACAGUACACAGUUACCGCGCCUCCAGAAUAUGUAGCUCACUACCCUAGGUUCCAUAGGAAAUACAAAGAUGAACAAGACUCUGCCUUCAAAAAGCUCACAGCCCAGAAACAGCUCGGUGUUCAAUCAGGAUUUUCUGUGAUGCCACAGGAUUGCUCUAUGAAUGAUAUGCCAGAAUAGGGGAGGGAGAAGUACCUUUUAUCGCGUGUCUUGUAUGUGCCAGGUGCUUUUCAAUUUUAAUUGAACCUUCAUGGUACGAGGGCAGUUAAUUACCUCUGCUAUAUAGCCGAGAAAACGAAGGCUCAGAUAGUUCAGUCAGCUGCCCAGGAUCACAUGGUGAAGAAAUAGAUGAAAUGAGAUACAAAGCUAGGUUUGUCUAAUUCAACACCCAUGCUUUUUCGAUUAAACUGCAAUGCCUGCUUAUUUUUCUGCUCCUUUUUUCUUCGUAAUUAUUUAUUGAUAGAUACGAGAGACUCUGAAUUAGGAAGUAUGGGAGAUAAGGACAACACAAGGUAACUUCCACUGGAGUUCAGAGGAGGCAGACAUGUCUGUACUGUGGGACUCAGGAGGGAUGGCUUUUGAUUUGUCAGAGAAUGCUAGACAGCUCACAUUCCUCCUGCAAGUUUACCAAGUUAAAUUUAUAAGCCAGGAUUGAAUAUUAUGAAAUCUAGCUCCCUUGCUAAAAAUAGAGAUAACUAUUAUAUCCAAGUAACCCAUUUAUGGUCAUAAUGUGUUGUGUAAAACUUAAUCCUGAAAUGGAAUAUUUCUAACCAAUUAUAUACGUGUGUGUGUGUGUUUGUGUGUGAAUUAGUUUAAUGCCUAAGAAGCUCAGCUAUGUAACCUCCACUAUAAAAAGACUUUUCCGGGUGGAUUUUCCUUUUUCUUCUGAUAGGAAAAAUCAGUUUAGGGCUAUUAAAGAAUGUUUUGAAAUAACCUCUCUUGUCCUCAAUAAAUGGAUGUCCAAUGUAUUUCAAAAUUACCUGGAAUUUUGCUGAAUAAAAGCAUUAAAAAUGA